GCCGUCGCGCGUCUUGGGUCUCCCGGCCACCGCCCGGGUCGUGGAGGCAGGAGCGACGUCACCGCCAUGGCGGGCAUCAAAGCUCUAAUUAGCUUGUCAUUUGGAGGAGCAAUUGGCCUGAUGUUUUUGAUGCUUGGAUGCGCGCUUCCAAUAUACAACCAAUACUGGCCCCUCUUUGUUCUGUUUUUUUAUAUCCUUUCACCCAUCCCAUACUGCAUAGCAAGAAGAUUAGUGGAUGACACAGAUGCCAUGAGCAAUGCCUGCAAGGAGCUCGCCAUAUUCCUCACAACAGGCAUUGUUGUCUCCGCUUUUGGACUCCCUGUUGUAUUUGCCAGAGCACAUCUGAUUGAGUGGGGAGCAUGUGCACUCGUCCUCACAGGAAACACAGUCAUCUUCGCAACUAUACUGGGCUUCUUCUUGGUCUUUGGGAGCAACGAUGACUUCAGCUGGCAGCAGUGGUGAGAGGAGCUACCGAACUGUUGUCACAUGGACUUCUGUCAUCUGUUGGCCGUCCAUGCACAGGAGAUGGGGACCGUGAUGCUGAAUUGUGUAACGAGCUCCUGGGGGUCUCCCAGCCACUCCCUUCUCAGUCCCCUGUUUCCACGGGGACUUGCUGAGGAUUAAAAGGAUUUUUUCUCUUUUGGAAAAGCUUGACUGGUUUCCCACUUCUCUAGACUGCUUUCUGUGGUGUCCUGCUGAAUCUAAAAUACUCACGUGUUUUCCCUGUUCAGUUGUUUUUAAAUCAGUAUGCAAUGUUAAACAUUUUUAAGAUGUAAUAACCAUUUGCUUUGGUUUAGAAAUUCAGAACUUCUGGCUGUAUUAUGGGCUAAAGUACAUAUUUUCUCUAAAAAUCAGUUAAUCUCCAUUACAAAAAAAUAUAUAUGUAUAUGUAAGUUUUUUUCAGUCAGGAUGACAUCACUCCCAGGUGAGUGCAAACAUUCAGAUUGUUGACAUACCUUAUACACUAUUUACUCAGUGCAAAGAUAGCUGCAUUUAUACCUCAGGGGGGCCAAGUAAUACUGCCCAUGCCCUCCAUAAGGGUUGCUGGUUUUACUAGUAGACAGGUGUUUUGUGAACUGAAAAUUAUUUUAUGGAAUUGCUACAAAAGAGUGCUUUUCUCUUCAAUUGUUAGAAUUUAUGUUAAACUUUAAGGUACAAACAAGUCUGGGGAUACAGUUUAUAUUUGUGUUUAUUACCGUCAAAGCAAGUGAGUUGCUGUGUGGGAAGAAGCGAAGCUGAAAUUCCCUGGUUUGAGUGCCACUUCUGUUUAUAAGUGACAAGUCUGAGCUUUGUCAGCCUCCCAUGGUUCGGAGGGGUGACGUGGACAUGCAUGGGACAGUUUGUUUGCAUUGUAGAUAAUCAAAAACUUUCCCCUGCUUCCUCCUUUUAACUUAUUUUGUACAUUGUAUAUAUUAAGUCAGAGAACUUUUCAAAUAUAGUUUAAUAGCAUUUAGAAAUGUUUGACUACUAGGAAAAAACAAUUGCUAUGCCAUACAUUCAGAGUGCCCCUCCCCCUCAAGGCCUUGACUAGAUUCACAAGUGACUUGGUAGUCUUGCAGGUAAUCCAGGGUCAGAGAUUUCUAGGACUCUGACUUUGAUAGGAGCGGUCUCCUGGGGUUAGAGCGUGUGUAUUUCAAAACCUCUUGAGACAGGCUUCCUAGUGCCUCCUAAUUGAGGUGUGGUUUCAUCAUGACAGAUCUGCUAUUGUAAAGGUAUUUGUUGUAUGAAUUAAUUCAGAGUAGCCAAAUGCAGCUGUAUCACAGCUUCAAACUCAAACCCGACCAAAAACUUCCCCCAAAUGGCCAGGCAUGACCAAAUCGUAGCGGUUAUUCAAAUCUCCGAUUCUCAAUCCUUAAUUCAAGAGCUGAUUAUGAAAAAUGUUCACAUUGAUCCAACAGUAUUUUGUGAAGACAUUUGUAUGUUUCUUCAGUCUGCUUAUAUAAAAAGAAGUGUUCUGCCUUUAGCUGAAAAUGAGUAACCAUGACAACUGUCUUUUGUUGUUUUCUAGAGUUCUAUUUCUCAACAACAACAACAACAAAAUGGGAACAUAGAUGACAUUUGUUCAGCUUUUUACUAAAGAUGCCUAAAGCUGCAGUUUUUAUUUUGUUUUGUGUGACCUGACCAAUGUUUGAUUACCUUUGGCUGUGAGGUGGGAAGCCGUGUGAAACCUGCAAAUGUAGCUGUGCCGUUUGUGGGUUAGACUAAACAUGGCUUACUGAGUGAUGUUGAUGGGGGGUGGGGGGUGUGCACAUGGUCAGAACUCUGCCUUCGAUCAGCGUGGAGCAGCGGUUCCUUCUCAGGUCCUUCCCCAUUUUCUGUUCCUUCACGUGUGCAGUGCUGCGCACUUGGCUAUAGACACCUUUUCUAACAGCUGCAUAUUCUUUCUGGGUACUGAUUUUAUGGGCAGCAUUUUGUGUCUGACCAUGACACUGACUUGACAGUCCCCAUCUCUGGUUUCUAGGCUAGUCACUUAAGAGUUUUCAUGAAGAUGCACCACCAUGGCAUUGCCAUUCCGCUGUGGAGAGAAAAAGGAAACUUUUGAUGAUGAAACAAUAAAGAUUUUAAAUAUCCA